AUGAGUUCUCCUCUUAGAAACAACCCUAGUUCUGCCAACCGAGGGGCAUCCGCUCGGGCGAGUCGCAAGCGUGGUCGUGCGAAUGGCGACGAUGGUUCGUCCGUUGCCCCGGCUUCAAGCCCCAUGCCCUCGUCUCCCCCGGCACCCUUCAUGGCGCACGGCGGUGACGAUGACGAGGACAUCGAGGACGAGGCCGAAAUCCAGGAUGACGACUUGGACGAAAUGGACGAGAUGGCUGAAGACGAAGUCGACCUUUUCAGGGAGGGAUUCGAGCAAGAUUACAGAGCCAAGGAAGACGAUGGAUACGAAGGCAUCGACAUCGAUGACGAGGGCGAAUUUGGCGAUAUGGACCUCGCCGAGAGACGGAAGCUCGAAGCCCAGCUCAACCGCAGAGACAGAGAGGUCGCUCGUCGCCAACGAAUUCCUGCCGCUUUCCUCCCCGGCGAAGAUGAUGAGGGCGACAUUGAUCUGUCUGCCCAGCCUCGGCGUCGCCGCCACCACUACGAUGAGGACCCCGACGAAGACAUGGACGCCGAUAUUAUGGAUGAAGAACUUUCUCUAGAGGCCCUCCAGGAUGUCAAGGCCGCCAGUCUGACGGAGUGGGUCUCUCAGCCCUUUGUGCAACGAACCAUCAAGAGAGAAUUCAAAGCAUUCUUGACAGAGUACACCGACGAGCACGGCUCCUCAGUCUAUGGCAACCGCAUUCGGACCCUCGGUGAGAUCAACGCCGAGUCUCUUGAGGUUUCCUACGAGCAUCUCUCCACAUCCAAGGCCAUUCUGGCCUACUUCUUGGCCAACGCACCGGCUGAGAUGCUCAAGUUGUUCGACGAGGUUGCCAUGGAUGUUGUGCUCCUUCACUACCCCGACUACGAGCGCAUCCACGCCGAAAUCCAUGUCCGCAUUUUCGACCUCCCCGUCCACUACACCCUGAGACAGCUUCGUCAAUCACACCUCAACUGCUUGGUGCGUGUCAGUGGAGUCGUGACGAAGCGGACGGGUGUUUUCCCUCAGCUCAAGUAUGUCAAGUUCGACUGCACCAAGUGCGGUAUCACUCUUGGCCCUUUCCAACAAGAGUCAAAUGUCGAAGUCAGGAUUUCCUACUGCCAGGCCUGCCAGUCUCGGGGUCCUUUUACGCUCAACUCGGAGAAGACUGUGUACCGCAAUUACCAGAAGCUCACCCUUCAAGAGUCUCCCGGCACGGUUCCCGCCGGUCGCUUGCCGCGCCACAGAGAUGUUAUUCUCCUUUGGGACCUCAUCGACAAGGCCAAACCCGGUGAAGAAAUCGAGGUGACUGGCGUUUACCGAAACAACUACGAUGCACAGCUGAACAACAGGAAUGGCUUCCCCGUUUUCGCCACCAUUUUGGAAGCGAAUAAUGUCAUCAAGUCCCAUGACCAGCUGGCAGGUUUCCGUAUGACGGAGGAGGACGAGCUUGAGAUUCGCAAGCUUUCCAGGGACCCCGGCAUCAUCGAAAAAAUCGUCAACUCCAUGGCCCCAAGUAUCUACGGCCACACGGAUAUUAAGACGGCUGUGGCUCUGUCAUUGUUUGGUGGAGUUGCCAAGGUAGGACGUGGUUCCCACCAGGUUCGCGGUGACAUCAACGUUCUGCUUCUCGGUGAUCCUGGUACUGCCAAGUCUCAGGUUCUUAAGUAUGUUGAGAAGACGGCUCAUAGAGCCGUUUUCGCAACGGGUCAAGGAGCCAGUGCAGUUGGUCUGACAGCAAGUGUCCGACGAGACCCUCUAACCAGCGAGUGGACCCUGGAAGGCGGUGCCUUGGUGUUGGCGGACAAGGGCACGUGUCUGAUCGAUGAGUUCGACAAGAUGAACGACCAGGACCGGACGUCUAUCCACGAAGCCAUGGAACAACAGACCAUCUCUAUUUCCAAGGCCGGUAUUGUAACGACCCUUCAGGCUCGUUGCGGUAUCAUCGCAGCUGCCAACCCUAUUGGUGGGCGGUAUAACUCGACCAUCCCCUUUUCCGCCAACGUCGAGCUCACCGAGCCCAUUCUUUCUCGCUUCGACAUUCUGUGCGUAGUCCGGGAUACGGUUGAGCCUGAAGAGGAUGAACGCCUUGCUCGCUUCAUUGUUGGCUCGCACAGCCGCAGCCACCCUUCAUCGCAGCCUGGGGAGGACUCGAUGGAGGUGGAGAACGAGUCAGAGAACCAGGAAACACAAGCCGAGUCUCAGAGGAAAGAAGGCCAAAUUCCGCAGGAACUCCUCCGGAAGUACAUCUUGUACGCGCGUGACCACGUCAGUCCGAAGUUGUACAACAUGGACGAGGACAAGGUCGCUCGCCUGUUCGCCGAUAUGAGAAGAGAAUCCCUGGCUACCGGCGCAUACCCCAUCACCGUUCGUCACCUCGAGGCCAUCAUCCGCAUCAGCGAGGCCUUUGCAAAGAUGAGGCUCUCGGAAUACUGCAAGGCGGAGGAUAUCGACAGGGCCAUUGCUGUGACGGUUGAGAGUUUUGUCGGCAGCCAAAAGGUCAGCUGCAAGAAGGCGUUGGCACGAGCUUUUGCCAAGUACACACUGAACAAGCCGAGUGGGAACUCGCAAAGGAGGACGGGAACCAGUCAGGCAUCGAGACGCGCAGGCCUCAUGCGAGCUUAA